AUGGACAAAUAUAUCGAUGGUCGCUUUGAGCGACUAGAGAAGGCUCUCGCGAACCUCAUUGAUUCAGUCACAAAAUACCAUCCCUCUAUACAACAAGGAGAGGAGCUCAAUUUAGCGGACCAAGAACUAAGCAGAGGCUUGGAAGAAGUCCAAACUCAUCAGAACAAUUAUCUACGUAUCCAACAACUGCGCGAGUCUUCAAACGCCCUUGAUACGCAGAUCCGCGACACUCUUUCGAAUCUAGCGACUACUCGCAAGGAUAUCGUGACGACGCAAACCACCACAUUUCCUUCUGGCCCAAGCUAUCCCAUCGCCUAUGAAGAACUGCUCAAUUAUGCCCGACGUAUCAGCAAAACUACUAUGCCGCCAGCAGGCACCAUUAAAGCCGUACCGCCGACACCAGAUGUCCCAGAAGUUCAAACCCCAGGCGGCCAAACACCAGCAGCACAGACUCCAGGCCCCGAGUCGCAAGCAGCUUCAGUCAUGACACCAUCUGCCCCUCCAUCGUCUCAGGUUCAAAGCCCGGCAAUUAUGAAUGGCACGCCAGCCGUCUCUCAGGAACCUGCUGCGACUCAACAGUCCUCUAUGUCCGCCAAUACCGUCCUACCCAGCGAGUGGACGCAGUUCUUGAACCCCUUGACCGACCAGAUUUUCCUCCCUUGGCCCAACGACCUGCAGCUUGGCGCUGGCUCCCUCGCUGCUAACCAGCUCCUCCAGGAGCAGGGCAUUGACCCCAAGGGCUAUGAUCCAGCCGAGGAAGAAGAGCGCAAGCGUCGCGAGGAAGAGGAGAGAAAGCAGAAGGAAGAAGAGGACCGCAUUGCCGAGGAAGAGCGCGAGAAGAAGCAACGCGAGGAACGCGAGCGCCAGCGCAUCGAGAGAGAACGCCAGCGAGAAAAGGAUCAAGAGGCCUGGAGACGCGCAAGUUUGGUUGGUGGUCCAGCAGCCCCUGGCGAACAAAGGAGCCCAACUGGACCUCCGCAGCAAAAGGCCCAGUUUCAGUUUACUAAUCUGGAUGAUUUGGAUGACGAUGACGACGACGAUUGA